UCAGGACCCAAAGGGUAGCCAAUCGUACUAAACCAAACAAAAGAAAAACGAAACCAUAUUAUUUGUCGUGUCAAAGAGUCUAUAAAUACUUCACCACAAACCCGCAUAUGAUUCUGAGGAAGAACAGAGCAUACCUACGGAACUAGGUGAGCCCAAGAUCUUCAGUUGCAGGAUUCUGAAGAAAGCUUGUGUUCGUACACCAAGGUAGAGAUGUAUUCAAGAAGGAUACUGCUUCACACCCCAUUCUCUGGGCAACCCUCUGGCCCUAGUCAGCCAGUGUCCAGUGCUACUGUCGUUGAAGGUGGUUCUCCUGGGACCAACUUUGAUGCAAACAUCGUCAUGAUCCUAGCUGUUCUUCUCUGUGCACUGAUCUGUGCACUCGGGCUUAACUCAAUUGUCCGGUGCGCACUAAGGUGUUCAAGCCAGAUGGUGGUGGAUCAUGAGCCAAACCGGGUCACACGGCUGGCUCAGAGCGGGCUGAGGAGGAAGGCCCUUCGAUCCAUGCCUAUUCUUCUCUACUCAGCUGGGUUGAAGCUCAAUGCUGUGAGCCCUAUGUGUGCAAUCUGCCUCUCUGACUUUGAGGCUGGGGAGCAUGUCAGGGUCCUCCCAAAGUGCAACCAUGGGUUCCAUGUCAGAUGCAUUGACCGGUGGCUCUUGGCACGGUCCACAUGCCCAACAUGCCGGCAGUCCCUGUUUGGGGCACCACAGAAGGCCUCUGGCUGCUCCGAGUCUGAGGGAAGCCAGGCCGAGCCAGUGCCAGCUCUCCCUGUGCUGGUGCCACUUAGACCUGAAGGUUUGGUUACUACAUAUGAUUUUUAGAAUCUUCCAUUGCUUUCUUGUUGCAUCAAGCAUGAGAGAGUGGGGUGAAAUGGAGUAGGUUGUGGACUUGAUCAGGUGUGACCGCCAAACUGGCCUGUACAUUGUGUGGUAGAUCUGUAGUAGGAAAAGCUGUACAGAUUGCUUUGGAGUUUUAAUAGUAGUAUUAAUACCUGAUGUUGCUUUGAGAA